CAUGGACGCUCGAAGCCAGCCCGAGGCCGAGAAGACGACGAGUGAGCAGAAGGCCCCCCCAAGUCCGUCCGACGCCGAGAAGAAGGUUGAGCAGAGCCCGAAGAAAGGGCUCUUCGACAAGUCGCUGGGGACAGCGGCGAACCUGUCGAAGCUCCUGCCUACCGGCACCACGCUGGCCUUCCAGACGAUGGCGCCGUCCUUCACCAACCGCGGCAACUGCGAACACGACCGCGUCAACUUCGCCUUCACCUGGGGGCUCAUCGGCUUCCUCACCUUGCUCUGCGCGGUCCUCUGCUUCACCGACAGCGUCACCGACAAGGGCGGCAACACCUACUACGGGGUGGCCACCCCCCAUGGCUUCAAGCUCUUCAACCACAAGCUGGAGGACUUGCCCCUGUUCGACGAGAAGGAGAAGAAGAAGAAGCUCGAUAAAUUGAGGAAGAGUAAGAAGUGGAGGCCGCAGGACUUCCUGCACGCCCUCUUCAGCGCCGCCGUGUUCGUGGCCCUCGCCUUCUGCGACGCCGGCGUGCAGAACUGCCUGGUCCCGAAGGAGUCCCGCCAGUGGAGGGAGUUCCUCGCCAACUUGCCGCUGGCGGUUGGGUUCCUCGCCAGCUUCGUGUUCAUGAUCUUCCCCUCCACCAGGAACGGCAUCGGCGACGACGGCGCUGCGGACACAAUAACGACGAAAUCCGGAGACCCGCCACAGCGCAGCACCGGCGACGGUAAGUAGUUGCAUGCGUGCAUGCAUGACGACUCGAUGAGUGCAGGACGUGCUUGCUUGUCUUCUUUAAAUAA